CCCGUCUAUAGACGUAAUUGCGAGGAUCAGUGACACCGCUACUAGUGGAUGCCACACCAUGGUGAAUGGAAGAAGUCCCCUCCGCCUGCACUUCUGCCCCUCGACCCCCUCCCGCGGAAUGUGGCCUGUAUGGCAAGGGUCGAAAGUUUGGAAGUCGUAUCGAAAGGGAAGGUUGUACUCCCUGCGCUAUCGCAGGAGCUUCGCGCAGUUCGUUGAGGAUAACAUGGCCACCGGCCGCGGGAGGAUGCGUACUUGCUGGGGAACCGGGCCUUGAUUGUUCUGGUUGCUGUGGUGCUGUUACCAUGUGGUCGUGCAGGCUAUCAGGAAGGAGACUCUGUCCUCUCCCCCCUUUCUGCCUAUCCAUCGAGAUGAUCGACCGUUUCCUGCACCCUGCCGGUCGAUGGAGCAGUCGUGAAGCUAAGUCGACGAAUCCAGAGGCACUUAGCGGAGGUAUGUCGCAAGAAAAUCCGAGGGAAGGGUCGCAGUACGCCAGGCGUCCCAUACGUCGCUAGUCGACUUUGUGGCAGGGUGUAAAGGGCCUCCUUUCAAAAUUUCACGGCGCAGACAGAGAGGACGGAGCCCCCGUUGAAUGAUCGCGGUCCGAGGCCAGGGGGCUAGCUUGGACUGAAUAAGACAGUCCGCAUAUUAGGUUUGGAUCCGGUAUGCGCGUCGA